GCUAAAAGAAAAAAAAAGAGAAAAAAUGAUUGAAGAGAGGAGUGAAAAAGGGAAAUGAUGAGCCGUUGAUAAGUCAAAAGCAGUGACUCGGGGUAAAGCACUUGUGUCCGUCGGUACUCUCAUAGGAGCAUCUCUCUUUUUCCAUUGGUCUCGUUCCUUGGCGAGUGUUGCAUUCUGCCCUGUGUAAAAUCCGAGGGAUUUUGGUCUCUGUCAGCGAUCGGAUAGCGAGGUGAAGACACCGGCUGUUGGCGAGUGUUCGGUAGCGCGACGAUGAACCAAAUCGUCAGGAUAUUCCCUCAACUCCCUGGCACCCAGUGAAUAUCAGCUGUGAUUAUACAAGACACUUUGAAUUACGAUUAAUAUAAUACCACAUCAGUGACAGUGACAUCAGUUGUAUCAUGAUUAUUACAGCUGCUUUGGAAAAUUUAUUGGGGUGAUACUGUGACUUGUGGAGACUGUCCGAUCGGUUGGGGGUUGGUGAUUAUUUUCAAAUUGUUGCGCGUUUUUUUUUUUAUCUUUUAUCGUUUCGUGAUGGAUAUGCAGCAUCAUGAUCAGAGGCAUAGCAUUUCCACGGAUUGUUGUUAUCAGCAGUGGCCGGUCCAUCAUGGACCGCCACAUCCUCAGCAAAUAUCUACGAUUCCAUCACCCAUGCAGCAGAUGGAAGCUUGUCUGGAGACCGCUGGAAGAGUUAAGCCCUCUCGAAGCCCUGAGGAUUCAUCACUGGCCCCACCAUCUGGUGCCUCAGAGACUCCCAGGAAUGACAGCAACAAUAAUCACCGGAGGACCGAUGAUCUCGCAAAUUCAACAGGUACACCUGAUGAAAAUCGAUCAAAAAGACCUCUUCAUCCUGCACUCGCUGGUGCCGGCGCUGCUCUUGAGGCAAGACCUCUCUGGGAAGAGUUUCAUCAGCUGGGGACCGAGAUGAUUGUCACCAAAGCAGGACGAAGGAUGUUCCCUACCUUUCAGUGUCGACUUUUUGGACUGGAACCAAAUGCUGAGUACCUCCUUGUCAUGGAUUUCGUUCCCUGCGACGACAAGAGAUACAGAUAUGCUUUUCACAGCAGUGCAUGGGUGGUCGCUGGUCGGGCAGAUCCUGUGUCACCACCGAGGAUUCAUGUACAUCCUGACAGCCCAGCAAGUGGUGCACAUUGGAUGAAACAGCCAGUCACAUUUGAUAAACUCAAGCUGACGAAUAAUCAACUAGAUGAUAAUGGACACAUAAUUCUGAACUCAAUGCACAGAUAUCAACCCCGUUGUCACAUAGUGGUGGCACCCUCACCCCCAGGUUCGGCACCGGACCCUCGAACCGAGAACUUCAAGACCUUUUCAUUCUCGGAGACUCGAUUUACUGCGGUGACAGCCUACCAAAAUCAUCGGAUAACUCAAUUAAAAAUAGCCAGCAACCCCUUCGCCAAGGGUUUUCGAGACUGCGAGCCCGACGAUUGCGAUACAUCGAACUCCACAGGUGUGUCUCCACAAAAUCCAGCGAAGAGACCAGCAACAGGUAGCACACCGGGAAAUGAUAGUACAUAUCAGAGUUCAGUCCAGCCAGUACCAACGCUAUCAAAUUCAGAUCAUCAUCAUCACCAUCAGUUCUACAGCAGUGCACAUUGGAAUUACCCGGGACACCAUCAACCGACGCACAUCAAUGUCGCUGGACAUUAUUCACCGCAUCAUCCGCAUCAUGGAGCUCCACUUUAUGGCCCACGAUAGUAUCUUUUAUUACCGGAAAUGAAUAAAAAAAAAUUGUGGAACUGUUUUGAGAAUGAAAUACCAAAGAAUCUUGUCAACGCGGUAAUUGGACUGUUGUAUAAAUAUUUUUUUAUUGAUUCAAAUGACGGAGUGGGAAGUUGAAGUGGGAAAGAAAAAUUAUAAAUUGAAUUGAUUUUCAGAUAAAAUUAAUCUCUCAAAGUGUCACACUCUCUCAUAUUUUUCGUUCAAUUAAAAAUCAAAUCAAUUCAGAAUAAUUCCCUCAACUCCAAUUUCCCAAAGGUGAAUAUUUAUCGUAGUUUUAUCGUUAAAGUUAUGUUAGUUAUUAUUAUUUCAUCCUAAACUCUAGGAUCGUAGCUUUCAAAUAGUCGGAUUUAAUACCAUAAAUUUAGAAUGCACGUGUUCCAAAAAAAUUGAGUCAUAACUGAAGAGAUCAUCCGACAAGAAUAACAAAUAAAAGCGUACCUGUACUAUAAUUAUUUGGAUUUAACUUUAACCGAAAUUACAGAAUUGUAAUAAAAAAGAUUUUGUUAUUUUUCGACUGAUGAUUUCCUGGGGUUUAACAUGAUUUAUUUGACAAUCUGUAUUAAUCCGCUAAAACCACAUGCCUAAACAACAACGAGGAGAUUCUUGAUUCCCGAUAAUGAAGAUCAAUCGUACUAUUCACGAGGGAUUAUUUAUCACCUCAAAAUGCCUCGACAUUCAAUGAAAAAUCAAUGAAGAGGAACCAAAGACCGGACGAAAAAAAAAAAGUGUUCAAGUGCUGGUAAACGUUGGAGAUCAUGGAAUCACACAAACCAAGCUGAUUGUCCACAGUUGACUGGUAAAACAAAGUGCCUUUUGUAGGAGCAAAGUGGAUCUAUUUAUAUUGGCUUGUCUCAAAUGCCAAACGAGCCAAAAACUUAGUCCGCCACACGUUCCCAAAUAAAAGACGCAUAUGUACCGUGACAAAACUCGUUUGUUAAUUGCCUCAAUAAAUUAUCCAAAAUGAACCUCGUCCAUACGACCAUUAGCUAAAUUAAUAAUAAAAAAAGUAUUAUGUGAUUGUUUACACUGAAUAAAAA